GCUGACUGCUCACAUGUGCCGCUGUCUGGCGUCUUUGUCCUGAUUCACACUUUGGCUGACUGCGCCGUCAGCAGGAGGACGAGCCGCGUUAACACUCUCUGCAUCCUGCAGCAUUUUAUUCGGAUCAUUGCACAGCAGGGAGAGUCGCUGCCUUUUCUUCGGCUGCACCAUGAGCCUUCAAGGCUGCCCACCUGAGAAGAAAGAGACUGGAGAGGGAGGGUGCGUUGUUUUCAGCGUUUCUCCUCGGGUUCCUGCAGGGCUGGUCCGUUUUAGAUGACGUGCAGUGGGGUUCUCUGUGUUUAUGUUCCACCUUGCCCCGAAGGGUUAUCCAUGCACCGGCUUUUGUGUUAUUUUCAUCAUGUCCCCAGCAUCAGCUGCGACGGCCAGUGAGAGCAGCACCGCCACAGUCCCAGAGGAGGAGGCGGAAAGUCCCAGGGAGGAGCAGCAUCCUCAGAAACAGUCCCUGGCUAAAUCCCUGUGCCAGGAAACACACUGGAAAUGCCUGCUGCUGUCCAUGCUGAUGUACGGCUGUGUCGGGGUGAUGGCCUGGUGCCAGGUGACCAAGGUCACGCGACUCUCCUUCGACAGCGCUUACAAGGGAAAGUCUAUGAUGUACCGUGAAAGUCCCUGCUCCAACGGCUACAUCUACAUCCCUCUGGCCUUCCUGGUCAUGCUCUAUGUGGUCUACUUGGUGGAGUGCUGGCACUGCUACGCCAGGAAUGAGCUGCAGUACAAGGUGGAUGUGAGCAGCGUGGCCGAGCGCAUAGAGCGAAUGCAGCAGGCUACGCCCUGCAUCUGGUGGAAGGCCAUCAGCUACCAUUAUGUGAGGAGGACGCGGCAGGUGACCCGUUAUCGUAACGGAGAUGCCUACACCACAACGCAGGUUUACCACGAGAGAGUGAACACGCAUGUGGCUGAGGCGGAGUUCGAUUAUGGGAACUGUGGUGCUAAAGACAUCUCAAAGCACUUGCAAGGCCUGGAGGGAUUCCCAAUCACCAGACUGAGGUUCACCAAGUGCUUUAGCUUCGCCAAUGUGGAGUCAGAAAACUCCUACCUGACCCAGAGAGCCAGGUUCUUUACAGAAAACGAGGGUUUGGAUGACUACAUGGAGGCCCGUGAGGGGAUGCAUCUGAAGAAUGUUGACUUUAAGGAAUAUAUGAUUGGCUUUUCUAACCCCAGUCACCCUCCCUGGUAUGCCUCCAACUCCACUUUCUGGGUGGCAGCUGCUUUCACGCUAUCCUGGCCUCUGAGGGUGCUGACAGAGUACCGCACCGCCUGUGUGCACUACCAUGUAGAGAAGCUGUUUGGCUUUGACUUUGCGCCAGUAACACCGUCUGAGGAGCAUCCAUAUUGCAGACACAUCCCACGAGUCAACACAAUUGACAGCACAGAGCUAGAGUGGCACAUCCGCUCCAACCAGCAGCUGGUGCCCAGCUACUCGGAGGCCGUCCUGAUGGAUCUGGCCCAGCUCUCGGGAAGCUGUAACAGCUACUCCGCAUGCGGAGGCUUUGGAAGCUACAGGCAGAACUGUGAACGCUGCCACCGUACCAUCAGCAGUUCCUCCAUCUUCUCCCGAAGUGCUUUGAGCAUUUGCAACACAGCGAGCCCUCGUAUCCCCUUCAGUGCCAGCCGCUUCUCGUUAGGUCGGCUGUAUGGCUCCAGGCGGAGCUGCCUGUGGAGGAGCAGCGGGAGUCUGAAUGAGCAGUCCUGUCCCACUGAGAACUCUCGCUGUCUGUCCGGCCAGCAGACGAGCGAGGAGAAUCCUCCAGCCUAUCAGGACGCUCUGUGCUUUCCUGUUCUCAUUGUCCAUCGCAACGAAGGGUGCCUCAACCAUGAUCACCGCUCUCUGCACAGGAACGGCUCCUGUGUGGAAACCUCACUAUGACCUGCAGCUGUCUAAUGGGCCAUUCCCAUCUGUACCGGGUCGGCCCCAGCCUGGCCCGGUUGAUUCCACACAUCCUUGCCUUAAGCCCAUGUGGGCUGAUUCUACCCACCAAUCAGAGGCUUGCUCUAAUGGAAGGUGUGAAUUUGCUGUCAGCAGUGGGUGUGUUGGCCCUGGUCGGCCUGAAGCAGACCCCCUCGAGAAGAGGGCUGAGAAUGAGCCUUGGUUGGCCCGGAAAAAUACCAGGCCACCCAGAUAUGUAAACAACCUACGCUACCCAGCCCGGGCCGACCCGGUACAGAUGGGAAUGGCCCAUAAGUCUGAAGAAUCUCUAAAAAGACCCACCCGGAGCUAAAAGAGUAUUUUCACCUUGGAUGGCAAAACUUUUGUUACACCAGAGUCAGAAAGUCAGAGAGAACCAAGAUACCAAAGUGUCGCAGCUAUAAAAGAGUCAAAUGACCAGGGAACUUCGCUCUAAACAAUGCCAUAAUCGAGUGUAUUUCUGCACUAAACAUGGCCUUUGACUCAGUGGGAAACCAAGACGAGAACAGUACGCAAUGUGAUAAUUAACAGGUGUCGAAGUGAGAA